UUAAGAAGCGAAAGUGGAAAAAAGUGCAAGGAAUAUGUAAAAUUUAAGAGUAAUUUAGAAAGUACAAUGAAUAAAGUUAAAAAUAUAAGGGUAUAACAUACUAUCCAAAAACAGAAAUAGAAACACGGAGGGAGUUAAAAACUGCGGAGUAACUGAAGCAGAAUUUACACACCUCAGCAGAGGUCAGGCAUUGUAUUUUUGACACUUUCUUCCGUUACCAGUUCAACUGACACACAACAAUCAACUCUAACUCCCAUUACACCAUCAUCUUCUUCCUUCUCAUCAAUUCACACUAAAACCCUAAAUUCAUCUUCAUCCUUCACACUUUACCCUUCAAAUUCAAUCACAAUAAAACCCUUAAAUUUUGCAGAGAAAUACGCCUACAGAUAAUGAAAGAUCGGCCGCCGUCUACGGUGUACGUGCCACCGCACCAGCGGCUCAGGUCUGUUAUCACCGUCCCUUCUCCGGCUUCUCCUCCCAAUGGCUCACAAUCUCCAGUUCGCAGCAGUAGUAUCGACAAUCAUCAAACUGUUAAUUCAAGCCCUAACCCUAAUUUUGAUGCUAGAAUUUGUUGUAAUAGUCAGAAUCAAAGUGGUGGAAUUGGGCAUUUUCAAUUUAAUCAACAGCGGAAUGUGUCUCCUUCUCCUAAUCCGAAGCAACAGAGUAAGGGAUUUGGGAAUGGGAAUGGAAAUUCGAAUAGUUUUCACUAUAAGUUCUAUAGUCAACCGAAGAGUAGUAAUUUGUUUCAGUAUGAUCGUCAAGUUAGUGAUAAUCAGCCAAGUUCGGUUGCUGAUGAAGUUUCUGAAGAGGGGUCUGACCGCGAAUUCGGGGAGUUUGAGCCGCCUUCGUAUUCUUCUGGGUUUCAGCCUGCUUCAUUUGCUGAUAAUGUGGAUCAAUGGAAAUGGAAGUUUAACAUGCUUCUACGAGACAAGGAUAAGCAAGAAUUGAUAUCCAGGGAUAAAAAAGACAGACGUGACUUUGAACAGAUAGCUUCUUUGGCAAAUAGUAUGGGUUUAUAUAGCCAUUCAUACAUCAAAGUAGUUGUAUUUAGCAAGAUUCCACUGCCUAACUAUAGAUUUGAUCUUGAUGAAAAGCGUCCCCAGAGAGAGGUUGUAGUAGAUUGUAAUUUGCAAAGGAGAGUGGAUGCUUUUCUUGCUGACUACCUUUCUCAUAAAUCUAAGAGUGUAAAUGCUUUACAAAACAAUGGGUUUUCAAGAUCAAGCAGUAGUGGUAGUAUAGCUGCCGAUGAAGGUCUCUUUGAGCAACCAGAACCUCUGAAUCUUAGCAAUGUUGUCAUGGAGAGAAUUAUUAGGCGAAGAAACUUACAGCUUCGUGAUCAGCAGCUUGCUUGGCAGGAAUGCUCUGAAGGAAGGAAAAUUCUUGAGUUUCGCAGAAGCCUUCCAGCGUUUAAGGAGAGAGAUGCUCUGAUAACAGCUAUAUCAAGUAAUCAGGUUAUAAUUGUCUCUGGGGAAACAGGCUGUGGUAAAACUACACAAAUUCCACAGUUUAUUCUGGAGUCUGAAAUAGAAUCUAGCCGUGGAGCUUCAUGCAGUAUUAUAUGUACUCAGCCAAGACGAAUCUCAGCUAUGUCAGUUGCCGAAAGGGUUGCUGCAGAGCGGGGGGAGAAAUUGGGAGAAUCUGUUGGCUAUAAAGUUCGACUGGAGGGAAUGAAAGGGAGAGAUACACGGCUUCUAUUUUGCACAACAGGCAUCUUGCUGCGAAGAUUACUUGUUGAUAGGACUUUGAAGGGCAUAACUCAUGUUCUUGUGGAUGAAAUUCAUGAACGUGGGAUGAAUGAAGAUUUUCUUCUUAUUGUGCUUAAAGAGCUACUUUCUCACAGACCGGAGUUAAAGUUAAUUUUGAUGAGUGCAACGUUAGAUGCUGAGCUAUUCUCUUCUUAUUUUGGUGGUGCUCCCGUUGUCCAUAUCCCGGGAUUCACCUACCCUGUUCGAACUCAUUUCCUUGAAGAUAUAUUGGAAAUGUCUGGAUAUAGAAUGACUCCUUACAAUCAGAUAGAUGAUUAUGGUCCAGAUAGAUCAUGGAAGAUGAACAAACAGGGAUUCAGGAAACGAAAGAGUCAAAUUGCCUCAGUUGUUGAGGAUGCUCUUGCUGCUGCUGACUUCAGAGAGUACAGUACACAGACUAGGGAAUCUUUAGCUUGUUGGAAUCCAGAUUCCAUGGGGUUUAAUCUGAUUGAAAAUCUGUUAUGUAAUAUUUGUGAAAAUGAAGGGCCUGGUGCUGUGCUAGUUUUCAUGACUGGAUGGGAUGACAUAAGUUCACUUAAGGACAAACUCCAAGCUCAUCCCAUCUUGGGGGAUCCAAAUAAAGUCUUGGUGCUUGCUUGCCACAGUUCUAUGGCAAGUUCGGAACAGAGGCUAAUAUUUGAGAAACCAGAAGAUGGGGUGCGGAAAAUAGUGCUGGCUACUAAUAUUGCGGAGACGAGUAUCACCAUUGAUGAUGUGGUUUAUGUUGUUGACUGUGGCAAGGCAAAGGAGACAUCAUAUGAUGCCUUAAAUAAUACUCCUUGCUUGCUUCCUUCUUGGAUUGCAAAGGUUUCUGCCCAACAGAGAAGAGGAAGGGCUGGCCGUGUUCAACCUGGAGAAUGUUACCAUCUCUAUCCUAGAUGUGUGUAUGAUGCUUUUGCAGAAUACCAGUUUCCAGAAAUUCUGAGGACGCCUCUACAGUCUCUCUGCUUGCAGAUCAAAAGUUUAAAACUUGGCAGUAUCUCUGAGUUCUUGUCCAGUGCUCUACAGUCACCCGAACUACUGGCGGUUCAAAAUGCUAUAGAAUAUUUGAAGGUCAUCAGGGCGUUGGACGCAGAUGAAAAUCUCACUGUUCUAGGUCGAUACCUGACAAUGCUACCCAUGGAGCCAAAACUUGGGAAAAUGCUGGUGUUAGGUGCCAUAUUUAACUGCCUGGAUCCUGUAUUGACCAUUGUUGCUGGCCUUAGUGUAAGAGAUCCUUUUCUGACACCUAUGGACAAGAAAGACCUUGCAGAGGCUGCUAAAGCUCAAUUUUCGCGUGAUUAUAGUGACCAUCUUGCACUUGUGCGUGCUUAUGAUGGCUGGAAAAGUGCUGAGAAAGAAUACAGUGGUUAUGACUACUGCUGGAAAAACUUUCUCUCAGUACAGUCCAUGAAAGCAAUUGAUUCCCUUCGGAAGGAAUUCUAUACUUUGUUGAAGGAUACCGGACUAGUUGAUGACAACCCAUCUUCCUUCAACGGAUGGAACCAUGGCGACAAGCUUGUCCGUGCAGUUAUAUGCUAUGGAUUGUAUCCAGGAAUCUGCUCUGUUGUGCACAAUGAGAAAUCUUUAUCAUUAAAGACAAUGGAAGAUGGUCAGGUGCACCUUUACUCGAAUUCUGUUAAUGCCCGUGAGGCAAAAAUUCCAUAUCCAUGGCUUGUUUUCAAUGAGAAAAUUAAAGUCAACUCAGUUUUCCUGCGUGAUUCAACUGCAGUGUCGGAUUCUGUGGUGUUGCUAUUUGGAGGAAACAUUGACAAAGGGGAAAUGGAUGGACAUCUGAAAAUGCUGGGAGGAUACUUGGAAUUUUUUAUGAAACCUAUGAUGGCAGAAACAUACUUGAACCUGAAGAGAGAAUUGGAGGAUUUCAUACAGCUCAAACUCCAAAAUCCCAGAAUGGAUACAUGCGCUUAUCAGGACCUUCUGUUUGCCAUUAAGCUUCUUGUUACAGAGGACAAAUGUGAUGGUCGAUUUGUGUUUUGCCGCCAGAUUCUAAAGCCUGCUGUUACUAAAUCAUCUAUCUCACCAAUGGUUCCGGCUUUGUCUUCUAGAACUCAAAGUGGACCUGGCGGUGAUAACUCUAAGAGUCAACUUCAAACUUUAGUUACAAGGGCCGGGUAUACUGCCCCUACAUAUAAAGUGAAGCAACUGUCAAAUAAUCAGUUCAGAGCUACUGUAGAGUUCAAUGGAAUGCAGAUCAUGGGGCGACCUUGCAACAACAAGAAGAGUGCAGAGAAAGAUGCAGCUUCUGAAGCUCUAGAGUGGCUUAUGGGUGGUACCCAGAUGGGCAAUGAAUAUGUUAAUCACAUGUCAAUGCUGCUAAAAAAGAGCAAGAGGUGUCACAACUGAUACUUGACAUGUGCUGACUGGAAACUGCAUUAGCAGGUUGCACUCAGCAGAUGCUGCAUGCAGAGCCUGAUGAGGCCUUAAGACUGGAUAGUUGUGUGAUCGAGUUGAGUCUAUUCACCAGUCUGUUAUUGAUUGUCAACAUUCUGGUGAGAGGACACCAUGGGAAGUGCUUGUUCAUGAUCGAAGGGGAAAAAUAUCGAUGGUCAACAUUCUCAUGAGAGAACACCAUGGGAAAUGCUUGCCUUUGACCAAAGUGGAAAAAUUGGAGGGGACAGGGUGAUUAUUCUCGAAAGAAGAUGAGCACAGAUGAUAUUAUGUGUACAAAAAAAUGGGAGUUAUAGAGUUCAUUUAGUACCUUCUAGAUGCUUGGUAGGAAAUACACUGCCAUAUAUUGGUUGUAUAUUUUGCAUGUAGAGGAAAAUUGGGGGGGGGUGAUGGGAUGGGAAGUGUUGGGGGCGGAAUGGCUAGGAAAAGAGCUUUGCUCUUUACAUGUCGCCCCAUUUUGGGAUAGUAGUCACAGAAAAGGUUACAUCCAAUUCUAUAUUGUAAAUUGCAACUAGAGAGAGAUUAGGGACUAUUACUGGUAAUUAGUCCAUUUGUACAAAAACGAUUUGUGCCUCAGUAUAGCUUAGAAAAUUUAUCAAUGCAGUACCUUUGCAAUCAAGGAGAUUGAUUCUCCUGCUCCUAUCUGUUGUAUGAUAUAAAUUUAUUCUUUAGGCAGGUAUCCUGUCUUCAUCAUUUUUUCA